AUGGGGAGCAAAACGCAUUCGACGCCGUUGCAAAACAAGUUACAAGAACUACUCGAUCGCCGACGGACGAACGCAACACUCCGUAAUCUGACAUUACCACUUCAGAAUCAGACCGACUUCUCAUCCAACGAUUUUCUGUCACUAUCCACUUCGCCACAACUCAAAUCGGAGUACCUUCAAGAGCUGCAGGGAAUUGACUUGCCAUUGGGUAGCGGCGGGUCAAGACUGCUAGAUGGCAACUCGACGUACGCCGAACAACUGGAGCAAGAGAUUGCCAACUUCCAUGGAGCCACAUCUGGACUGCUGUUUAACAGUGGUUUCGAUGCAAACGCCGGCUUCUUUGCGAGUGUACCGCAGCCGGGAGACGUGAUAGUCUAUGAUGAGCUUGUACAUGCAAGCGUUCAUGACGGCAUGAGGUUAUCACGAGCGGGGAAGACGAUUGCUUUUGAACACAACUCCAUAUCUGCUCUAAAGAAUGCUUUGGUGGCAGUUCUUGGUGAGAACGAGGGUGUGCGAGACAACGGAUGUAAUGUAUUCGUGGCAUUGGAAUCCAUCUACAGUAUGGACGGAGACGUAUGCCCUUUGAGAGAGAUGGUGGAGGUCGUAGAAGAAGUCUUGGGCCCUGAACGAGGAUAUAUCGUCAUCGACGAGGCCCAUUCUACUGGUGUAUUAGGACCAGAGGGAAAGGGGUUGGUAUGUGAACUAGGCCUCGAGAAACGCAUAUUCGCACGGCUCCACACAUUCGGGAAAGCGGUAGCGGCAAACGGAGGUACGUCUUCGUUCAUUCUCUCCAAGUUUGUGACAGAUGCUAAGUACUUCACAGCAAUCAUUCUCGGCUCAGACACCUUGCGUCAUUACCUCAUCAACUACGCACGUCCGCUCAUAUAUACAACGUUCCUGUCCUACCCCUCUCUGGCGCUCAUACGCUCUUCGUACCGGCUACUUCAGUCUGGCCAGAGCCCUCGGUCAUCUCCAGAGACACUCCGACUUGGCUAG